AUGGAAUUGAGGAAGAGAGGUAUGUCCUUAUUAGCCAAAUGUGACAGGUGCUUACAACAAGAGGAAGACAUAACUCAUGCUUUAUGGGGCUGUCCUAAGGUUCAAAAAAUUUGGAAACAGCUGGGUUAUUCCAAGUUUACUGAGUUAAUUGGCCUUGAUGCUUCGGCAUUCCUUUGGUGGCAAUGGGAACACCUUUCACAGGAGAAGUUUAUAAGUUUUGCGGGUUAUACUUGGUUGAUUUGGCAACGACGGAACCAGUUUAUUUUUCAAAACAGGGACCCGGACAUUCACUUCUGGAUUCCUUGGGCGAUAGAAACCAUAGAAAAUCUUUUGGGACAGCAAGAAACCAGAUCAGGUCCUCCUCCUUCUAAGCCGAUUCUUCACUGGCAGCCCCCUCCUAAGGAUGUUUUCAUAGUCAACUCAGAUGCUUCACUGGUUCACGGGCAGGAAGGCUGUGGAAUAAGUGCGAUAAUUCGUAACGAAGCUGGUGGUUUAAUUGUUGUUGAAACUUUGUACAUACCCGGUUGUAUGGCUGUCAAUCUUGCCGAAGCUGCUGCUAUUCUUUUGGGACUUAAGCUAGCCAUUAAAUGGUCCAUCUCAAAUGUGUGGGUAGCAUCUGACAGCAAAACAAUGAUAUCUGCUAUUACUAAAGGUGCUUCUUCUCCAACAGAUUGGGGGCAUUUGGUGCAAACAAUUAUUCAAUUGAAGACCGAAUUUCAGUCAAUUCAAUUUUUGUUUUUUACCAAAAAUUGUAAUAAAGUUGCUAAUAGUUUAGCUAAGUGGAGUCGUAUGACUCAAAAGUCCGAAGUUUGGACUGAUAGUGUACCUUCUUGUGCUGCUGCUUUUUUAAUAGCAGAUGUGCCUAGUGUUGCUUAG